CAAAACCAAAAAUUUCGUGGUGACCGAAAACUCUCUCUCUCUCUCUUCGCAGUUCGCACCUCUCUCUCUGCAACUUCCAUGGCCACCACCGCGCCUUCCGCUUCGCCGCCGCUGGCGCCCGCGUUCCCCAACCGCGGCUACUCCCUCGCUCCUUCCCAGCCGCCGCCCUCCAUCUCCUCCCGCGCCUCCGCCUGCCUCCGUGUCCGCGCCGCCCUCCGCCUGAGCCGCCCCAGGACCGCGCCCGCCGGCGGCCGGGGAGCGGUGUCGUGCAAGGCGACGGAGGUCUCCCUGGCGGACAACGAGCCUUCUUCUUCUUCUGCUUCUCCUUCUUCUUCGCCGUCGUCCUCGUCGAGCGACAACUGGGUGCCGGUGGUGCCGCUGACGGCGCUUCCGAGAGGAGAGCGGAGGGUGAUCAUCCAGGACGGGGAGACGAUACUGCUGCUGUGGUACAAGAACCAGGUGUUCGCCAUCGAGAACAGAUCGCCCGCCGAGGGCGCCUACAGCGAGGGAUUGCUCAAUGCCAAGCUCACUCAGGAUGGCUGUAUAGUUUGUCCAACAACUGAUAGCACAUUCGAUCUACAAAGUGGGGCUAUCAAGGAUUGGUACCCAAAAAACCCAGUACUUAGAGUAUUGACUCCCGCUUUGAGGACACUCUUUGUUUAUCCUGUGAAGACCGAUGAAGAGAAUAUUUUCAUUAACAUGAAAGGGACUGCGAGAUCUGAUGCAUCUGCGGAGAUAGUCUUUAGCGGGAAGGCUCAACCUGGUGUUACUGCUACGGAUGUCAACGUGGAUGAGGUGAGAAUGGUGGUUGAUGAAGAAUUUGUGGGGUUUGGUUUCACCGGAAAGAAUGAACUGAUAAAUGGGAAAGCUGCCGUAAUCGGUUUUCUCUUGUUGUUGGAUUUCGAACUGCUGACCGGGAAAGGACUUCUUAAAGGAACUGGAUUUCUGGACUUCCUUUACGCUGCUUCAAAUGCUUUCAAGUAAAUAUCAAAGGCUUUUGAGGAUGAGAAGUCUCUGAAUAGUAGGGCUUUUAUAGCAUAUCCUUCUUAUCUGUAGGCACAUUAAUCUGUUUAAGAUGCAUAAAAGAUGCUUAGAAGUAUACUGCAUGCUGAAUUUGAUACUUUUGUUCACACAUUUAAUUCUUUUAUAUCAAUAUCUACUGUAAGUUCAAAAGAUGAGGAUAGAGAACAAGAUUGUCUUGAUUAGCCAAACCAAACAGCAGAGCGGCUGUCGACUGAUUGUCUUCUAGAUUGUUAGAUGGUUCAAGAUUCAUGUAGGUUUCCGUGUGUUCA